AUGACGCCGCUAGUAGCGCUGCAGAUAGAUCUAUACAGGCGAUACGUUAAGGUGGGGAUCACUUUGCAUGUGUGGCAAAGCCGCAAGAAUAACCAGGCGGCGUCCAUCAUCUUCAUCACACCUGAGUCGGCCGUCACAAAGGGAUUCAGAGACUUUAUCGCACAGCUAGAAGGGAGGCAGGCGUUAGACCGCGUCGUCGUGGACGAAUGCCACGUCGUGCUCAAAGGAUCACAGAGCUUCCGGCCACAGCUUAGAGAGCUUGGAGAGGCGAUCUGCAAGUUCGGCGUACAGACGAUAUGCUUAACGGCAACGCUCACGCUAACGGACGAAGCAGCAUUCUUCCACGCUAUGCGACUGGAGGCCAGCUAG